AUGCUUUUUCUCCUCGCACUCACAUCGCUCGCGCCGAGAAACGACACGCUGGCAAACGCCUCGCCUGCAGAAGCUGGCUGCAACGACAUCCACAAUUGUAGGACUUUAUACGACAUCAUCUGGGGCUGCUUGGUGACCGUCUUUGCCUGUGUCUGGGUUUCGGUCCACCCAAAUGUCCCAAAACGACCCGUUAUCCCUGAACCACCCGACAACAGCUGCAUUUGGGUCCGGCUGCGCUGGCAAUGUUUCUAUGGGACAAAUGCUUUCCGGGCCCGUCUCAAACUGAUGCUGGCAGGCGUGCUCGCACCGGAGCUGAUCGUUGGGCUGGCGCUGAGACAGCGGGCGAUGGCAAUGAGAUUUGCUUCGGUCCUCAAUGUUUCGAUAACACAUGGGUUUUUCAUCUGCAUGGGUGGCUUCGUCGACAACGACGGCCACCCGCUCGUCUCUUGGCAGCAGCUCAUCGGUCGGCAGAUACCGUUUUGGGCGAUUGGUGGCACGAGUCACAGCCUGGAUGCCCUUCGUCGGAUCUCCCGGAAUGCCAUCCGCGACAAAAGCAAGGGCGACAUUUACACCAAAACCAUUGCAUUCUGCCAAGGCCUCUGGUUUAUCCUCCAGUCCCUGACGCGGCUGGUGCAGCGCCUGCCAUUGGCCCAGCUCGAGGUCGCGACGCUCGCAUUCACAGUGCUCAACGUUUUCACCUGGGUGCUGUGGUGGGACAAACCGCUGGACGUCACUGAGCCAAUCGUCAUCGAACCACAAUACAAGUCCGUAGACUCUGCGUCCAUUAGCGGCAACACGGCCCAAGUGUCCAGCCCGACCAGUACCAUCGGCACCAAGUUCCUCCGCAUCCUCGGCAUUCCCUUUCGCCAGGGCGGGGAUCCAUUCGACCCGACACUGGGAUAUGGCGUGCCCACCUUUUGGUAUGCAGCAUGGAACGAUGCGUCCUUCCAAAUGGAAGAGCGGUGUCUCUUCCAGGAGUUGCUCAUUGCGGGCCUAUUCGGUGCUAUUCAUUGCGCGGCCUGGAACGCCGCCUUCGCUUCCACUAUUGAAAUGUGGCUCUGGCGUGGCGCCGCGCUGUUGCUCGCGGUGAUUCCUCUGGCGGCUGUCGCGCUACUCUACUGUGACAUGCGGAGCUCCAGAGACUAUCCAGACUACUGGUUGCCGACAUUUAUCAAGUGGUCGCUGCUGCUUUAUGUUCCCAGUCGUCUCAUCACGUUACUCAUCCCACUAAUCACGUUGCGCACUGUUGAGCCAUCGCUUUAUGUGGAUAUUAGUUGGAGUACCUACAUUCCCCACUUGUAG